AUGCAAAGUUUCUCCGGCGAGGAUAAAUUUAUGGAUUCGGAUGUUGCAAUUGUAAAAAUUCUUUGCUCAAUCCCUGCACUUUCAUUUCAGAUAUAUAUGGAGUGUUAUUUAUUUGGAUAUUUACACGAUCAAAAAGAUGCAAUAGUAUUGGCAUUGUACAGCAGCAAUUGGACCAAAAUGGAUAUAAGGUGUAGAAAAAUGAUUUUAUUAACAAUGAAAAUGCAUAAUGCUCAUUACCAAAAGUUAAAAUUUACUAGAACGAAAAUUGUAAACUUGGAGAUGUUUUUUAAGACCAUGGGUGAUUGCUACACGGUCGUAUCGGUUUUAAUAAAAUAUAUAAAAUCAAUGAACGAAUAG